AUGGGUGUUUUUGUGACUGAGAAUAUUUCGACAAAGAUUGUAAGGGUGAAACACAAGGUAGCGACUGCUUAUCAUCCUCAGACGAGUGGUCAAGUGGAGGUAUCGAAUCGAGAAGUUGAGAGAAUUUUGGAGAAGACUGUGAGCGUGAGUAGGAAAGAUUGGUCGCUGAAGCUCGAUGAUUCUCUGUGGCAUACAGAACAGCCUACAAAACUCCUAUUGGCACAUCUCCUUAUAGGCUCGUUUUUGUGCUUGAAGCUGAGAGCUCUACAAUGGCAAUCAUAUACACAUUACUUCUAUGAAGCUACUGUUGGAGCUGGACUACCAAAUAUUAGCACCUUACGUGGUCUUCUUGAAACUGGGGACAAGAUUUUGCGGAUUGAGGGUAUUUUUAGUGGAACUCUGAGUUACAUAUUCAGUAACUUUACGGGAACAAGAGCUUUUAGCCAAGUGGUGAAGGAGGCGAAAGUGGCUGGUUAUACUGAACCAGAUCCAAGCAAUGACCUAUCUGGAACACAUGUUGCUAGGAAGGUAUAG